AUGUCAGCAAACACUACCAAGUCCGAGCUUAAUGUCUCAAAACCCAAGCUCACUCCAGAGGAACUCUAUGAAGUGAAAAGAGCGCAAUGCCUACUGAACGCGCAGAACAGGAAGAAGAAGAAGGGGAGCAAGAAGAACAAGGGGACGGGCAAGCGGAAGGCGGAGGAGACGCUGGAGGGUACCGAAGAGAAAAAGAAGAAGGUUUCCGUUACCAAAAAGGAAAGCGAAACCGCACCCUCGACACCCCUCUCCACCCCACCUCCUGAGCGCACCCCGCAACCAGUUCCAGCGCUUUCCCGUGACAUCACACCUCAGGUCGAACGCAAGUCGGAUCCCGCAGGGACCCCCGCCAACGAGAGGGAGCAUGAGCAGGGUACAGCGGGAACGGGAGAAAAGGACGGGGUAGAGACCGACAAGCGGGUGGAUGUUGACGAGCAAGGACAAAAGCAGGAGGAAGGGCGGGAAGACGACGAAGAGGUGAAACCGGACAUUCAUGCCAGCACGGGUGAUCUUGGAAAAGAUACCUUCGAUUAUACGGAUGACCUACUGAACAAUCUGGACGUCUCCGGACUCAACACCCAUUUCUUCGGGGACCAGAAGCCUGGCGUCGAAGAGGAGGAUGUGUUGAUGGGAGAUCUUGGAGAUUUGGGGGGUUUGGGGGGUUUGGGCGAUGUUCGAGAUACGGCGGACACAAAUCUCGGAUGGGGACCAGGCGGGAAAGGAGAGGAUGGAUUCGCUUCCUGGGAGGGGAACGUUGGCAAAGACUCUGAGGAUCGAAGGGAUCAGGGUCCCGCAAAGCCUGUGCCUUCGUCAGGAGACUCGGCUAAGGAGGAGGAAGAACAGGUAGCUCCGGGUUCCCAGAGGAAAGACAAAGAGGCUGUCGCCGAUAACACAGGUGCAACGGGACAAACCGGAGGUGCCAUGGGAGGAACGGAGGAGGGGGAGUCGAAGAAGGGCGCAGCAGGGGGGGACGGGAACGCCAUGUCCGGAAGUGAAAGUGCAGAGGUCGCUGCGGGAAAGAACGAAGGUAUCGAGAACCUGCCUCACCCAGCGGGAAUGGUUCCGUUUGAACUUUGGGACACACCCACAAUCAGCUUCACUCGUCCCGAACCAGUGAUUGCUAGGUCGGCUUAUAAAAUAGACGACAAAGCGAUCAAGGAAAGCUUCGCGAAGUUCGACCAACGGUUCCCGUCAGGCGGCUUUGAGCUUCCGGGCUCUUCGACUGUGCGGACGAGGCAAGGCAUGGCCGAGAAAGUCGAGUUGAAGGGACGGGCGCGUAGGGAGAAAAGUGUGGACGAGUUCGCUGCCUCCCCCACCCCAAACCAACAACCGGCUGCGAACACGAGACUCCAGAAGGAGGAAAAGGACUGGCUCGGCGGGGUUGUUUACGGGAUGCAUCGAAACUUGCGGGAACCGAUUUACCGCUCAGGAUCUCGCUGGGUCGAGCCAUUCCACACCGCCCGGUACAAGAACCCCGACGGGCUAUGUGAUGCUCUGACGCACGCACGGUACCAGUUGAAGCGGGAAGACGCGAGUCUCGACUUGUGGUUGCUGUAUGGAAUAACCCGGAUCGAGGAGAUCCUUGGUGAAGGUUGGAAUCCGGAGGAGUGGGCGAAGAUUACAGCUCUAGCAGGAGGAGAUGGACGCCCGCAAGCCGCGCGUCUCUGCGACUUCUACGAGAUCUGCUGGGACUCCGGAGUGUACGACGUCGCGUUUAGUCUCGGUGGGCGCUUUCGGGGUGCUGGCAACUUCGGGCUCGACGUUGCGGAGAACCAGGUGCUUGGGAUGGCCGUUCAAGUUCUCGAAGCAAAAGAUGAAUACUGGCGUGGAGUAUCCGGGCGGGAAUUGUCCAGGCGAGCGCUGGCAGUGACGGGAAUGACCGAAAAACUGGUCAACGUGGUUCUCACACGCCCUUUAGAGCUGCUCGAAGAGAUUAAGGCGCAGGAGGACAUGGCCGCUGAGGCCGUUGACGAACUGUUGGGCGACUCUCCCAUCCAAAGUCGCGGGGAACUGAGUGUCGACGCAUUACCAAGCGUCUGCGACACCGAGGCGAAGAAGACACUCUGGUUGCACUCGAGACAUAAACUUGAAAGAGCGGCAGCGAUGAGAGUUGUGGCUGGGUUGGAAAUACGGCAGUACGGUUGGGAGCAAGGGUAUUUCAUGGGCCGCGAAUGGAUGCGGGGAGCAAGUCCCGACUUCAUUAUGACCGUCGCCGGAAUCAUCUCGACGAUCUUCAGCAAGCGACGGGAAUACAAGUCAGAAUCGUCUCUCGCGGGGGAAUUGCAUUAUCUCCGGCGAUUGAUCGGGGCGGGAAGGUUCUACGAAAGCGAGUGGAUUCCCGUUCUCGACAUGUUCCGGCGGACCGAUGGGGUAAGGCUUGCAACUACCUUGGAGAAACUGCAAGUCGCCAAACGUCUGCCCGAAGCGAGGCAUCGGUGGGCGGACAUUGCAUCGCGUGCUCGAGAGUUGUGGAGGGAGAACGGGGAGACUGUAGCGAUACCGGUCGCCUUCGACAUGAGUCUUGCCCAAACGAACCCAAAAUGGGCCCUUCCCGCUCUUCGCACCUUAGCAUCGAGGCCGCUCAUCAGCGCGGGACGGGAGACUUUGCGAGCCCAUAUCGGGGAACAAUUGGACAUCGUGGUCCAUACGGAGACCUGGGCGGGAUACCUGAGCGAUGUUUGGCGCCUGAAGCUGGGUUUGAUGGACGGUCUGACUUUCACGGAGCGGUGUUCUUUCCGGGAGAAAGUCCUCGCACGAGUGAUGGGAAAGCGAUACGAGCGGGAGGUAGAAUCCUACCUUUGCCAAUUUCACUACCCUGGUCUCAGCGGCGGCGGAACGGGGGAGGGGGUUGUUGCGAGCGAGUCGCAAGUCGUGCCAGAGAGGUUCCGUUGGUCGAAACCAGCCGUGACGGAAGAGAUCGACUUCCAUAACAUCGAGUUGCGGGAGGAAGCCCUGAAAGCGGAACGACGGAGGGCAGCGGAGCAACGGGCGCAGGCAAGUCGGGAAGCGGUAAUCGGCCAGGAAAACAUGUCUGAUAUUAUUGACGGGAACGACGAUAUCGACAUGGGCGGCGGGGACUUGGGCGGGAAUAGUGAGUUGGCUAGCGGGAAGGAGAGCGACGAAGGAGACGGGCCGCAUGGGACGGCGCAAGAUAUUGAGACGCAAGAGAAAGAGCAGGUACAAGGGGCGUUGAUCAAGAUGGUGCUCGAUGCUAACAACGGUGGCGGGAAAUCGACCCCCUCAGUGAAUGCCGAGUGGUAUCCAGAAAAGAUCGAGUUCAAGCACGAGUUGGAGAAUCCAACGACGCUUUACGUGGAUCUACAGAGGAAGGACAAGCGAGAGAUGCCAGUAUGGGAGUCCGCGACCAAUCCGAACUGGCUCCCCGACGCUUUCAUUGGACCGGGAUCGCUCACCCAGAAGAGCGAGAAGGCAAGGUCCGCAAGAGAGGCGGCGCAUGAACGGACGAAGCAAAUCGGCCACUACACUGAGCUUCAGAAGACCAAGAACGUCGAACUCGCCGAGCGGACAGGAAGGUUCUCGGUGACCUUUACAACGGGACCCUUCACUGAGGGAACGUGUUCUGUCUUGGUCUUUGAAUCGCCGGGGAUCAACGCUGGUCAGAAGUAUCUUCGGGAAAUGGUUGAUAUCUUCGCCAAUGCUGUGUAUCCGGCGGCGCGAGACAUGAACCGGCGAAUUCGGGAGGCAGAACAGCCCGGAUCGACAGAAGGGAUGCUUUCGCCCUGGCAGGAAGACGCUCCAACCGAUUCCGACGAGGAAGAGGACAUACCGGCGGACGUUGAAGAGAAGAAGAAGGUUGGGGGACUCGAAAGAGGUGGCAGCGGUAAAGGGGGAAAGAGGAGCGGGAAAGAUGACGGGGCCGAAAAAUGA